AUGGAGCCUGUCCUGUCCAGCCAUCCUUUCCUCACUGCCACCGCCAUAGCGCUGCUGCUGGGGGGGCUCCUCUGCCUCCGAGUGCUCCUCCGGCCGGGACGACUGGGAAGGAAGAAGAAGAGAUACGCCCCCCUGGUGGGCUCCUUCAUAAACCUGAUCAUCAACUUCCGCAGAAUCCACGACUACUACACGGACCAAGCCCGCAGAUUCAAAUGUUUCAGGCUCUUCCAUCCCAGCCGGAGCUACGUUUACGUGGCAGAUCCUCGCGACGUGGAGUACAUUCUCAGCAUCAACUUCGCCAACUACGGCAAGGUGAGGUUGGGUGAGCGGCUGGAUCAUCGAAAGAUGCCCACAUAUUCCUGGAGAUGUCUCCCGACAGAAUUGGCCCCCUCCUCUGGUCCUUCAUGGCUGCUGUUUGGAUAGGCCUAAGACCUGCUUCAACCUUUCAGGGCUCGUACAACCACAACCACCUCGAGGACCUCCUCGGCGACGGGAUCUUCGCCGUCGACGGCGACCAGUGGCGCCACCAGAGGAAGCUCGCGAGCUUCGAGUUCUCUACUAGGAAUCUGAGGGAUUACAGCAGCAACACCUUCAAACGCCAUGCCGCGAGGCUAGCGCAGCUCAUCUCUGAGGCGGCGAGCUCGAACCAGCCGGUGGACAUCCAAGUAAGUUUCGUAGUCACGCCGACGAAUCCGAGAUUUCUAUGAAGGAUGGUCAUUCACGGCGCUCCGCAGGACUUGUUCAUGAAAUCUACGAUGGACUCCAUAUUCAAAAUCGGGUUCGGCGUGGACCUCGACACCCUCCUCGGAACAAACGAGGAAGGGGCCCGAUUAUCCAAAGCUUUAGACGAUUCCAGCGAGCUGAUGAUCUGGCGAUACGCGGAUGUCUUGUGGAAGAUCAAGAGGGCUCUGAACGUCGGAACAGAGGCCACGCUGAGGAGAAACAUCAGAGUAAUCGACGACUUCGUUUACAAGAUCAUCGACCAAAAAAUUGAACAACUGUCCCGAGAGAGGGUCGACUCGGUGGGUCUCCCCAUCCUCCCGCUCCUUCCAUUUCGAUGUUUCACUCACCCUGUAACCAGUUAUCCUUCUGGAGCCAGAUGAGGAAGGACGACUUAUUGUCGAGAUUCCUGGAGGAGAGGGAGAAGGAGCCGGAAAAAAUAAGCAGAAAGUACCUGAGGGAUAUCAUUCUCAACUUUAUGAUCGCCGGAAAGGAGACCACGGCAAGUACUCUGUCCUGGUUCUUCUAUAUGAUGUGCAAGCACCCGAAUGUGCAGGAGAAGGUGGCGGAAGAGGUGAACGAGGCGACGAAGGGGAGCUCCCCCGGGUUGUCCAUGGGGGAGUUCGCAGAGAACCUUGCGUCCGUCGAUGAUCUUCCCUACCUCCACGCCGCACUGAACGAGACGAUGCGUCUCUUCCCCGGUGUUCCAGAGGUGCCGUCCAACGCCAACCCCGGUCAUUUCCUGUGGAAAUAACCAUCUGAUCAAAACUCUUCGGGUACGUACUAUUUACCGAUGUGUUUUAAUGCGGGAAGGACCCGAAGAUGUGCUUCUCGGACGACACGCUGCCGAAUGGAUUUGACGUUAAAGCCGGUGACGUCGUGGUCUAUCUGCCCUACACCAUGGGGAGGCUGGAGGACCUGUGGGGCGACGACGCGGAGUAUUUCCGACCGGAACGGUGGCUUGAUGAGGGGGGUAAUCUCCGCCACGAGAGCCCUUUCAUGUUCACCGCCUUUCAGGUGAGCCCCUCUUCCUGUCUUCCUUUCCGCUGAGAGUUAGACUUGAUCAGAUCUUUGAAAUCAACAGGCGGGUCCCCGAGUUUGUCUAGGGAGGGAGUUCGCUUAUCGCCAGAUGAAGAUCUUCGCGGCCGUCCUCCUCCACUUCUUCGCGUUCGAGGUGGCCGACGACGGGAAGGACGUUGGCUACCGAACCAUGCUCACGCUGCAGACGCUGGGGCUGCGCCUGCGACCUUUUCCAAGACAAUUCUAG